AAAAUAUAUAUAUAAAAACCUAAAAAUCAAAAUCAAAUCUGAGAGAGAGAGAGAGAGAGAGGAUGCAAGUGCUUCUUCUCCUUCCCCACCCCGCCCCAAGCAUUUGACUUUCUUGUGGACUCGAUUUUUCUGUUUACUUUAAUACUUGCAUUUCUGUAUCGAUCUGUUUUUGUGUUUCUGUCUUGUUCGGGGAGAAGCAAAACUCAGAGAGAGAGAGAGAGAUUGCUCUUCAGGCCCAGGCAUCAGCAUCAGCAUCAGCAAUCUCUAUUUCAUGAUUUAAGGUCCCAAAUACUGAGAUCGGACUAGAAGGAAACGGUAAAAUGUCGCCGUCGAAUACGAGGUCGGUGGCGGCGGGCAAUGGAGGAGGAGGAGGAAAGAAUUACAUAGAGCACCAAGUGUCCAAGAUGGACACUCUCGCCGGCGUUGCUAUCAAAUACGGCGUUGAGGUUUCGGACAUUAAAAGGAUGAAUGGGUUCGCUACAGAUCUUCAAAUGUUUGCUUUGAAGACCUUGAAAAUACCUUUACCAGGAAGACACUCACCGUCUACCACUUGUGUCUCCCCACAAGAAAACAACACUGAUAAGUCAUCCUCAGCACUUAGCCAGUCUAAUAUGCCACCACCAUUCCGCUUUGUAGGUUCAAGAGCUCCUAAAAAUAAGGAGGUCACGACAGCAAUGAGCACUCUGCAGAAGUACUAUGGGCUAAAAUCUUCUAAUCGGAGGGGCUCAACUGAAGGCAUGGAGAUGGCGGUUUACAGAAGUAGAAGUUCUGAAGACUUUGAUGAUGGGUUGUUGUCAAAGUCCUCACCAUUUUCUGAUUCUCAAAGUCACCAUAGCAUGACGAGACGUUUUUCUGUUGGUUAUUUGGCUGAGAAUGGUGCAAUGGCUGAUUAUAUGCAGCUUGCAGACUCCAUGGAUGGAGAGGGUGAUAAAUCUGAUGAUAAAUCUGUCCGAAGGCGUCAGAAGGCUGAAGUUGAAAAUGGGAAUGUCACACCAGAGAGGAUGUUAAAAGGGGAAACCAGUGGUGGGAGCCAUGGUUUCUCUGCCUCAACAGGAAAGGGUUUAGCCAUGAGGCCAAAAUCAGCAAGCCGAGCAGUGCUACAAUCUGAGUUAGAUUCAGGAUGGUCGAACUCUAUCCCAGUGGGACUGGGAGAGUCUAUCAUGACCACUGAUGAAGCGACUGCUGUUCGUAAAUCAUCAAGCACACCAAGCUUGAAAGAGGAGGAAAAUAACAGUACAACAUCAGUUUGGCCAACUUCAAGGUGGAGCCUGAAAACAGACUUGCAAGCUCUUUCAAAUGCAGCAUCUAUUACCAGACCAAUCUUUGAUGGCUUACCUAAACCAAUAACUGGCCGCUGGAAAACUGCCCUUGAUUAGAGAAUUUCAUCUAAACUUUCAUAUAGUCAUAUUGCUUCUUUACUUAGAGUAAGGUUCAAUGGCGUUGGGCUGAAAUUUCUCGGCUGCACAUUUGGUGAUGGUUAUACUUCAUAUGUAUAGCUGCAGUUGGAUUCAAAAAGGAGAAACAGCUGAGAGAUUAUAAUAGAAGCAGAAUUAUACGGCAAUAAGAUUCUUGUUUCCAACUAUUGGGUUAAUUGUGGUAUACAACUCUGAAACUGUACCUGCAACAGCUUAAGAAAAGCUGUGGAGCAGAUAAGUAGCGGGAUUAUUUAUUUUAUAUACUAUUUUUUGUAAUCAGUUAUAUGUUCCUUGUAUCGAAAAGAGGAAUCCCCAAUUGACUGGGAGUUAAAAAAAAUUUAGGCUGGUUGUCUGAUCAUAUCUGUUAUAUGCUUGGAAGAAGAAAGGUGAUGCUGUGCAUUACAGUAACAUUGUAUCUUCUUUGCUUAUUGUCAAUGUAGAUUGAUUUUUUAUUUAUGAUACAAUAGUCCUAAGGUGAUUCUUUCUUCCUCUA